AUGAAGCUCUUCACAGGCCUCAUUCUCUGCUCCUUGGUGCUGGGAGUCCACAGCCAGUGGCUGUCCUUCCUUGGUGAGGCAUAUGAAGGGGCUAAAGACAUGUGGAGAGCCUACUCUGACAUGAGAGAGGCUGAAUACAAAGAUGCAGACAAAUACUUCCACGCCCGCGGAAACUAUGACGCUGCCCAAAGGGGACCGGGGGGUGUCUGGGCUGCUAAAGUGAUCAGCACGAUGAACCUUUCCACGGGCAUCAUUUUCUGCUUCCUGAUCCUGGGCGUCAGCAGCCAGGGAUGGGGGACAUUCCUCAGGGAAGCUGGUCAAGGGGCUAAAGACAUGUGGAGAGCCUACAGAGACAUGAAAGAAGCCAACUACAAGGGUGCAGACAAAUACUUCCACGCCCGCGGAAACUAUGACGCUGCCCAGAGGGGACCGGGGGGCGCCUGGGCUGCUAAAGUGAUCAGUAACGGCAGAGAGACUAUUCAGGGGAUCACAGACCCUCUGCUCAAGGGUAUGACCAGGGACCAGGUACGGAAGGAUUCGAAGGCCGACCAGUUUGCCAACGAAUGGGGCCGGAGCGGCAAAGACCCCAACCACUUCAGACCUGCUGGCCUGCCUGACAAGUACUGAGCUGCCUCUCUCUGCUCAGAAGACGGGGCUGUGAGUCCCCAGGGGCAGGGACACUGACCUAGAGUUCUGUGUCCUCAGAAAGCAGCAGAUCUAAUAAAUGCUUAAG